CAACAGAUCUAACAUAGUUUAUGAAUUGUUUUCUCACUCUUACUUCUGGAAUACUAUUUGACUCUGAAUUUGUCAAGUGAAAGUCAAUUUAGAUUUUUGAAAUAACAACAAAAAUGUGAGGUUAUAAAAGUUGUCGCAUUUAUUUAUUGUAAAAAGAUAACCAUGGAAGAAGACAAAAAAACGGAACGUAAAAGAAAAAGAUUUGCAGCACGUUUAAAGAACUCUAAAGGUAUAAUUUGUAGUGAUAUCCCAGGACCACAUGUUGUUUUGUGUAAUGCUGGACAGGCAACUGGACUCGAAAAAGAGUUUAUUUUCAACCUUACUAAUACACUGGGUAUUCCUCUACCCAAAUAUAUUGCAGAAAAGGGUGAAUCACAUUCCUUCUUAGUGUUCAAAAAUACAGAACAUGCAAAAUUAUUCUUUAAUGAAUAUAAUGCUAAAGCAAAAAUCGACGAAAAUGGAAAUGAAUUGUAUAUGCAUUAUGUUGAAAAUGUGCCAAGUACGGAAACAGUAUGCCCCCAUCCAAAUCCAAAGGGACUGACAUUACUAAACAACUUCAUAUCAGAGGAUGAAGAGAAGCUCUUCCUCAAUAUCUUUGAUUGGACACAGGAAAUUGAGUCCAGUGUUCUGAAGAAUCGUCAAGUGAGGCAUUAUGGUUACGAGUUCAGAUACGGUAGCAAUGAUGUGGAUUUGGCCAAUCCAUUGGAAGAAAAGAUUCCAGAUGUGUGUGACAUCCUCUGGAGGAGGUUACGGGAGUAUGGUAUUGAUGUAGGAGUUCCAGAUCAGUUGACGGUUAACAAAUAUUUGGCUGGACAAGGUAUCCCAUCCCAUGUUGAUAAGCACAGCCCAUUUGGCGACACAAUACUGUCCCUAUCACUCGGGUCCUCGGUUGUGAUGGAAUGGAAACAUCACAGUGGAAAGUGGGUGCCUGUUGUGGUCAAAGAAAGGUCCUUGCUUAUCAUGCAGGAUGAGGCUAGGUAUGAUUGGCAACACGGCAUACAGCCUCGAACCUACGACCCUAUAAUAGAGAGCCGUACCAUAGACAACACAAAUAUGAAAGUGAUUACCUCAGAUACUGUUCCAAGACAGACCAGGAUUUCCCUAACAUUCCGAUGGACUAGGAGUGGACCUUGUGAAUGUAGUUAUAAGACAUUAUGUGAUAGUGUGAGCAAGGCGAGCGACGGCGACCUGGAGGAUCAGAUAGCGUCCAACCUGGAAGAGUUGCAUGUGCAUCAGGUGUACGAGCAAAUAGCUGGUCACUUCAGUACCACCCGUCACAAGCCGUGGCCGCGGGUGGUGGAGUUUACGCAGCGAGUGCAGCCCGGAGCCGUGCUGCUCGACCUCGGCUGCGGGAACGGGAAGAAUAUACUGCACAGGAGCGAUAUAUUGCAGAUAGCUGGCGAGCGUAGCAGCGGUUUGUUGGUUGAAUGCAAGGAGAACAUUCGAGAAGUGAAUGCGGCGGACUGUGUUCGGCUGGAUCUGUUGCACUCUUGUCUCAGAGACUCAUGCGCAGAUGUUAUCAUAUGUAUCGCUGUGAUACACCACUUUAGUAGUAGGGCCCGAAGACUCCAAGCACUAACAACCAUCCACCGACUACUUCGCACCAAUGGACAAGCGCUAAUCACAGUAUGGGCGAAAGACCAAACGAAAUCCAACUACCUACUAAAAACGAAAAGUCCAAACACAGAAGACCGGCAAGUCACAGUGGCGGGUUUAAACCUGCCUGUCCACGAAAAUAGGACCCAAUUCCAGCACAAAGACCUUUUGGUACCAUGGAAGUUGAGACGGAAGACCGAUAACAAGCUUGCGGGUCAACCUGAAAGUACAUUACUGAGGUUCUAUCAUGUGUUUGAGGAGGGGGAGUUGGAUAGGCUGUGUGAGGAAGUGGAGUUGGAAGUGGAAAGGAGUUUUUACGAAGAGGGGAAUUGGUGUGUAGUCUGUAAGAAACGGGAGGUGCAAUAAAGGUUUUUGGAAUUUAA